UUGAAAUCUUUUUAAUCGAACAAAGUCAAUAAUAUAUAUGGGAUUCUCAAUUCUCUUGUACUGCACAAAGAGAAAAAGAACUGCAAUCGAAACAUGGCUUUAGAAGCCCUUUCUUCUAACGAACUCUUGAACUUCGUCAUCUAUGACUCCAUUUCUUCUACCCCAUAUAGCUGCAAUGACUCGUCAGACGCUAUUAGCUUGUUACCUCAAGCAAAUGUUGUUGGCUGCUCCUCCAUGCCACCGCCGAGCCACCCACCAGAGGCAACAGAAACAACCCAAAAGCCACCGGAAUUUACCGUGCAAGGCCGCAAGAAGAGAAGGAGAAGACCAAAGGUGUGCAAGAAUAAAGAGGAAGCUGAAACACAAAGAAUGACGCACAUUGCUGUUGAAAGAAAUCGCCGUAAACAAAUGAACGAGCAUCUAGCCGUCUUGCGAUCCCUCAUGCCGGAAUCUUAUGUGCAAAGAGGUGACCAGGCCUCAAUUGUUGGUGGUGCAAUAGAAUUCGUAAAGGACCUCGAGCACGUUUUACAGUCACUAGAAGCUAAGAAAUUCGUACUACAACAAGCUGCUACCGCUGAGACAGGAGAUGCAAAUGACCACACGCAUGGCUCUAACAAAAUGUUAAAAAUCAACCCUUUUGCUCAAUUUUUCUCACAUCCACAAUUCAGCUGCUCUAAUUUACACAACAAUUAUACAUCCCAGAAUUCAGCAGCCAUUGCAGAAAUUGAAGUCACCUUGAUUGAAACCCAUGCAAACAUGCGAAUCCUUUCCCAUCGAAGAUUUCGACAGCAUUCCAAGAUUGUUUCUGCCUUUCAGGCUAUGUUUCUCUCCAUACUUCACCUCAAUGUCACCACUUUGGACCCACUCGUGCUCUACUCUAUCAGUGCCAAGGUGGAAGAAGGUUGCCAGCUAAAUUCAGCAGAUGAAAUAGCUGGUGCAGUUCACCACAUGUUAAGAAUAAUUGAGGAGGAAGCUAUCCUAUGUUGUCUAUCCUAGAUUGAAUAUUGAACUUUUCUGUCUAUUCUUGUUCAAUUUCGAGUAGGUCAACUGUAAUUUUGUUAAGGACUAAUGUAGGACCAUUAGCUAGGCGUUCCAUAUCUAGCUCUUCUGCUAAAAAUAAUUAGAGUUUAAUAAUUCAUAUAGAAAAGGAUUAAAAAAACUA